AUGAGUGGCACGAGGCAGUCUGCCGCCGCGGGCAGAAGCCUCGUACCCUCCAGCUCGAGCAGCAGCUCGGACGAGCCCAUCCUCCUCGAGUCGCCUCCACGGGCCUCGCGCUCCACCUCGCGCGCGAGCACAGCGACACUGCGUAACGACAGUAUUGUCGUCCUCGACGACUCGGACUCGCCAACAGCGAGCACCAGCACAGGCAAGCGACACACGCCGAUCCCGUGCAGUGGCCCGCGUCGCCCCAAGCGGUCCCAGACAAAGCUGAGCAUCGAGGACGAUGACGAGAUCGAGCUCGGCGUCAUCCAGUCGCUCAAGCUUGGCGUCUACUAG